AUGGGCCCGGCAGCCGAACAAGACACUCACUUCCUCGCCUCCUUCCGCUCAGACGUUCUCAGCGGGCCCAAUCAGAUUGACGCAGAAUUCAUUCAGGUACACGAAGGGAGCGGAUAUCCGUGGGAUCCGCCGGUUCACUUCUGUCUCUUGCAAGACGAGUUUACAGCCCACGACAACAAAGCCCGGGAAGAAGCUUCUCGUGCGAUAGAGGAAAUGGUCGAGCCUCACGGUCCUACGCUCGUACGCCUGUACUUCAGACACAUUCAUCCAGUGCUGCCUGUUCUAUCCAAGGUCAGGUUUCUGAACCAAUACUCCGCAGACAAGACAAAGCUUCCUGCCUCCCUUCGAGGGGCAGUAUACGCACUAGCCUCAGUCUUUUGGAAGUCUGAGCCGUCACUACAAGGUUCCCUUCAUUUCCAACAGCAUGAGCUCGCAGACCUAGCCACAGGCUCUUUGCAAAGAGAACUCGACUCGCCAAAUUUAGCCAAGCUUCAAGCAUCCCUGCUCCUCCUCCACAUGACGCCCAACAGGACAGACAGUAUCGCGCACCCCAAAACCUGGACAUCGACAGCGCAGGCCGUAGCCGCUGCCCAGAUGAUUGGACUGCACCAGGACGCUGAGAAGUGGAAUCUCUCAUCAUGGGAAAAGAGGCUGCGGAGGAAGCUUUGGUGGGUUACGUAUAUGACUGACGUGUGGUCGGCAGUGUGCCACGGAAACCCGCCACAUAUCUAUGCUGCUUCUUUUAACACGUCACUCGUCACUAUGGAAGAUCUGCGAUCCGAUGAGAGCGUUCCUGAGGACUUGCGAUCACUGGUCUAUUCGUGUAAUGUAGGAUUUGAUAUUGCUUCUGGAGCGCGGUUUCUGGAGUUGGUAAAGAUAAGUCAGACCUUGCGAGAGGCAAUGGACUGCAGUUUUCAGAUACCCAGGCUUGCGCCACCAGAUUCCCAGAAGAUGGAAAUGGAGAAUCGAGGGCGUCUAGUCUCGCUCCGGGGAGAACUCCAUAACUGGGCAGCGAUACUGCCGCAAUGUCUUACGAUGCCUCAUCUCGAGAAUGCAAUAUGUAUUUUAUCCAAUAAUGCGCCCCUACAUCUAGCGUAUUACGCCCACUUGGCGCUUCUUUACCGUGCCCUCAUGAGUCCAGCUACCAAGGUUGCCAAGGCAAUACCAUCAUCCAGCCUUCGCCUGUGGUUCGGCACGGCACUUUCAGACUUUGCUAGUUUCACGGACUUCAUGAGUGAACUAAACCCUAUGGACCUACGAGGCUUCUGGGGCUGCCACGCCCGCUCUCAGCUCAUACUCUGCGGCAACUUCAUCAUUUACCUGUUUGUGCUGGCAUCUGAGCCUGGAGACAUCACAUCAGCCUUUAAGUUGCUGGAGAGCUUUCACGACACCUUGCAGCGGUUGAAAAGACACGUCGACUCAAUCUCGGAGUUACUCCUUCUUCCGGUCAGUCUUCGGAUCGACUCCUUCUUUACCCAGGCAGCCGAUCGACUACGUGGUGGGCCAGUUGCCGACAGUACAACUACUGCGAUUUCGACUCCCGGAGCGGCGCCAAUACCACUCAUGAACAACCCCUAG